GGUGUUCCCACGCCUACUCGGCCCAGCUUUCUCGGGGCUCGCGGAGGAGGCGCCCUCGCCCUCCACGUCAGGGAUCGGGCGGUGCAGAUGGCGGCUCAGAAGAUAAACGAGGGGCUGGAGCACCUCGCCAAAGCCGAGAAAUACCUGAAAACUGGUUUUUUAAAAUGGAAGCCAGACUAUGACAGUGCUGCUUCUGAAUAUGGAAAAGCAGCUGUUGCUUUUAAAAAUGCCAAACAAUUUGAGCAAGCAAAAGAUGCCUGCCUGAAGGAAGCUGUUGCCCAUGAAAAUAACAGGGCUCUUUUUCAUGCUGCCAAAGCUUAUGAGCAGGCUGGCAUGAUGUUGAAGGAGAUGCAGAAGCUGCCAGAGGCUGUUCAGCUGAUUGAGAAAGCCAGCAUGAUGUACCUGGAGAAUGGCACCCCUGAUACAGCGGCCAUGGCAUUGGAGAGAGCAGGAAAGCUUAUAGAAAAUGUGGACCCGGAAAAGGCUGUGCAGUUGUAUCAACAGACAGCCAACGUGUUCGAGAAUGAGGAGCGCUUGCGGCAGGCGGUUGAGUUACUAGGAAAAGCCUCGAGACUGCUGGUGCGAGGGCGCAGGUUUGAUGAGGCAGCCAUCUCUAUUCAGAAAGAAAAGAACAUUUAUAAGGAAAUUGAGAAUUACCCAACUUGUUAUAAGAAAACAAUUGCUCAAGUCUUGGUUCAUCUGCAUAGAAAUGACUACGUGGCCGCGGAAAGAUGUGUCAGGGAGAGCUACAGCAUACCAGGCUUCAACGGGAGUGAAGACUGCGCUGCCCUCGAACAGCUUCUCGAAGGCUAUGACCAGCAAGAUCAAGAUCAGGUGUCGGAGGUGUGCAACUCGCCGCUCUUCAAGUACAUGGACAACGAUUACGCUAAGCUGGGCCUGAGCUUGGUCGUUCCAGGAGGAGGCAUCAAGAAGAAGUCGCCCGCAACCCCCCAGGCCAAGCCUGAUGGCGUGAGCACGGCAGCCGCCGAGGAGGAGGAAGACGAGUACUCAGGAGGGCUGUGCUAGUGUGUGACUUGCAGCCAAUAAGGGGAAACGGGAAGGGGACAUCUGACAGCAUCCGGGAGACUCGGACUUGUUUGAGGGAGUCCACUUCACUGAAGUCGUGAUUUGGAGUGCUAAUGAAGACCCAACUUUCAGUUACCAUUUCCCCAAACCAGCCAGUCAGCCAUUGUGUCUACUCCCUGUGGAGCAUUGCUUUUUUUUUUUUUCUUUAGAAUUAGCAGAAAUAUGUUGUCAUUUCUGUCAUUGUGGCACAAUUGACUGGAAAAUUUACAAGCCAAAUUCUAGUUUGAUGACAUUUUAAACAGCCAGGGCAAACAGCACGGGUAGUCUUCCCUCUUCGGUUCUUGAGUUUAUUGUUAGAGAAUUUUCUUUGCACUUCUUUUAACGACUGCUGCUCAAAGUAAACUCUACUGGUAAAAAAAAAUACAAUUAAAAUUUUUUUUUGUUUUGCAAAGGAAAUGUGUCCCUAUGAUUUUAGAUGUAUUUAAAUUGUUAAAUCUUUUCAGAGCUGAGAUUGGGACAGGAAGCCUUACUGACUUACUGUAAGCCUUACAGUAUUGUUUAGUCCAGAAAAGCUGCAGUCGGGCUCUUACAGAACUCUACAGGGAGUAGAAUGAUCCUGUCAGGGUCCCUGUCUUCUGUGAGGUAUGGCUGCUUCCUCUGUCUGUAAAAGUCAUAGUGACUGACUCCAGACCUACCUAGUUUUUUUUUUUUUUAACCACCAAAUGAGAACUAAUGAAGAUGUUUUCUAAGCAUCCUAAGAGAGAUGUAAUAAUGGCAUCAAUCUACUGUGUAGUGCAUUUUUUUCUGCCAGAAUAAUUUCUCAUUUAUUUAGAUUUGCAGCUAGACUGGAAGUUGACAGGGGAAAUGGUGUAUAUUACACACGUUUAGUUGAAAGGGAAGAAUUGUGUUUGAAAGACAUAUUUAAAACACUGUACCAUCCAUAUUUUAGUACUUUAUAGUUAUUUCCUGAAAUGCUGUCUUUGUAGCAUUCCUUUUACCCUUCAGACCCAGCUCAGAAUUGGAAAGAAUGGACAAGCAGCAGUACACGUUCUGCACACACACACCAGCCAGAGUCCUGGGUUGUUUAUUCGUGCUCUGUCUCCGUCCCUUCUUUGAGAAGGGGAUACUUGGUUUUGCUAGACUUCCUGAAAUCACUGAGGAAGAGAAUCAGGGAUUUAGUCUCAGUUCCAUGGGAGCCCUCAGGCAGGUGUGCUUAGGUGGGUGCAUGUCAGUACACAGUCUUCGCUGUGGAUCUGAUAGAAAACACUAAGCCAUUUCAUGUUUUCCACUAAGUUACUUCCAUAAUUCUGCAGGUGUUCAGUUCAUUUCCAUUGCUUUUAUUGAGAUGGUGAACAAUCCAAAUAAAGCUCUAUCUCAGCAUUUCUUUUCAAGACAUGUUAGUGUUUCAAAGAUCCUGUCAUUUCUGCUUGAACCCUUUAGACCCACCCAGUGGGAAGCUUCUGGAGUCAUCUGCAUUAGUACUCUUUUGAGCUAAUGAGCAAUCUCUUCAGCAGAUUUGGCAGAGCUUUAAAGAUGAUUGUUCAUAGACCAUGUUACUCAUUACAACCCUAGAAAAAAAGUUUUCAUAUUAUUCUUCUUACAUACUGAAAAUUUAAACAGAAGGAGUGGGAUCAUUCCAUGCUUUCUGUCGCAGCAAUACACCUGAGCUCCAGAUAACAUAAAGGGCUUGUACAGUGCAGCCUCCCUCACCCUCCCUGCCCUCUCAUGAGAUCAAGUGCACCAGGCUUGUGGGUGUUUCUUUGGCAGGGUUAUCCUCUGUGCUGUCUAGUGAGAAACAUUUGUUCCACAUCUAUACAUUGUCUUCCUCUUAUGUAAGUCGUCGUCUUUUUUUUUUUUUCCCAGAGAGUAUAGUCAGAAACAAAAAACUCAAGUGUUUACAAGAAAAACGAUUUCCCAAAAUCCUAGUGUCAUCACUUUUACCAAAUGAAAGUCUGCAUGAGUAUGCUCAGCAUCUAGUAUUCUGUGUUCUCUUAUAUUGUAAGUGAAGUCAAGCUACAGAAUAUAUUUAAUAUAUUGCAUUUAUUUGUACAUAUGCAGAGUUUGGUAUUUGUGUAUGGAAUCUGUACUUUAUUCCAAUUUUUUCCUGCUCUUUGAUGAGUAGGAUAUUAAAUGUGUUGAUAUAGAAGUAUAAAUUAUUGUUCCUGUAGAAAGAUCAUUAUGAAAAUAAAACC